AUGAGGAUUUGCUUCGGACGGAAACGGAAGACCUUGAGGUCCUCCUUCUGCAUGUCCUAUACCUUGAAGACCUUGGAGGACAACUACACGACCUGGUGCGCUCUCACUGGAAACCGCCCUGACAAGCGGACCAUGAAGGAGAAGGUGAUCGAGGUCUUGAGCACACUGAAACUUGCAGAGAAGCGAGCGAUCAAGAAGAUCGAUUUAGACACCUACUUCAAGCUGUUGUUGGAGUUCAACAAGCGCGGCAUCCACUUUACCAACAUGAAUGUGGGUGCCAAGAUUGGUGACUCGCAGGCGGCCCUGCCAGACGAGCUCUUCAUGGAGGAUGGUGAUGGAGAGGAUGAAGCCAUGGAAGAUUAG